AUGUUGAGGAAAUGGAUCAGUUGGCAGAUGAGCUUUAGAAGAGUUAUCAACAGAGGAUCCCUACAAGUUGCUUUGACCAAGGAUUCUUCAGAGGGAUAUGCCAGUUUGCGAAGUCAUGGCAGUGAGCUCGAUCAAGAACUCGAUCGAGUCGACCUCGAACAAACGAACUCGAUCGAGCUGGGACUGAAAGCAAGGCACCUAAAGUCGACCUCAAACCUUUGCCUGAGGGCCUCAGGAAAGUACAGAAAGGCAAUAGGUUACACUCUAGAUGAUAUCAAGGGGAUCUCCCCUGACCUAUGCAUCCAUAGGAUUCAUCUAGAGGAUGAAAGUAAGUCAAGCAUUGAACCUCAGAGAAGAUUGAACCCCAAUCUAAAGGAAGUAGUGAAGAAAGAGAUACUCAAGUUGCUUGAUGCUGGGAUAAUCUAUCCCAUCAGUGAUAGCACUUGGAUAUCUCCAGUUCAUUGCGUCCCAAAGAAAGGGGGGAUCACUGUCAUUAAAAACGACAAAGAGGAGCUGAUUCCCACUAGAACAAUAGUGGGGCAUCGCAUGUGUAUUGACUAUAGGAAGCUAAAUUCAGCAUCUAGAAAGGAUCAUUUCCCUCUCCCUUUCAUUGAUCAGAUGUUAGAAAGAUUGGCAAACCACCCUUUUUAUUGUUUUCUUGAUGGCUACAGUGGUUUCUUCCAAAUCCCGAUCCACCCUAAUGAUCAGGAGAAGACCACUUUCACAUGCCCUUAUGGCACCUUUGCUUAUCGAAGGAUGCCAUUUGGGCUGUGCAAUGCUCCAGCAGAGAUUUCCGAGAAAGGGAUCGAGCUCGAUCGAGCUAAGGUGGAUGUCAUGUUGCAGCUCCCUGUUCCCAAGACUGUGAAGGACAUAAGGAGUUUUCUGGGUCAUGCAGGGUUCUACAGAAGAUUCAUCAAGGAUUUCUCAAAGAUAGCAAGACCCUUGACAAGGCUUCUGUGCAAGGAGACAGAUUUUGAGUUUGAUGAAGAAUGCCACAAGUCUUGGACCUUGCUGAAGGAUGCUCUGGUGUCUGCGCCAAUAGUACAAGCUCCAAACUGGGAUCACCCAUUUGAGAUUAUGUGUGAUGCAUCUGACUAUGCAGUAGGAGCAGUGCUUGGCCAAAAGAUAGACAAGAAACUCAAUGUCAUCUACUAUGCAAGCAAGACUAUGGAUGAUGCUCAGUGCAAGUAUGCAACCACAGAGAAGGAGCUCCUUGCCAUAGUCUUUGCCUUUGAGAAGUUUCGAAGCUAUAUAGUUGGAUCCAAGGUGAUUGUGCACACUGACCAUGCUGCCCUUAGACACAUCUUCGCUAAGAAAGAUACAAAGCCAAGACUUCUCAGAUGGAUCCUUUUGCUUCAAGAGUUUGACAUAGAAGUUGUGGACAAAAAGGGAGUAGAAAAUGGAGUUGCUGAUCAUCUCUCUAGGAUGCGAGUUGAAGACAUGAUCCCCAUCAAUGAUUCUAUGCCUGAAGAACAGCUUAUGGCAAUCAUGAUCUUGAAGGAGAGUUUUGAUGAGAAAGUCAGGCUGGAAGAAGUUAAGGCUCUGCGUGAUGAGAAUUUGCCAUGGUAUGCUGAUAUAGUGAACUUCAUGGUGUCCGGAGAAGUCCCUAGUAGCUUUGAUGCUUACAAGAGGAAGAAAUUCUUCAAGGAUGCUAGGCAUUACUAUUGGGAUGAGCCUUACUUGUACAAGAGAGGACCAGACAGCAUUUACAGGAGAUGCAUAGCUGAAGAGGAUGUGCAAGGAGUUCUAGAGCAUUGCCAUGGGUCAGCUUAUGGAGAUGCAGCAAGCUACAUCGCCAAGUGUGAUCCAUGCCAAAGGAAAGGAGGGAUCACCAAGAGAGAUGAAAUGCCACUAAACCCAAUUCUAGAAGUUGAGAUCUUUGAUGUAUGGGGAAUAGACUUCAUGGGACCUUUCAAGCCUUCCUCAAACGGGCACAACUACAUUUUGGUUGCUGACUAUGUGUCCAAAUGGAUUGAAGCCAUCCCCUGCCCAACCUGUGAUGCCAAGGUGUUUGAGAAGUUGAUGAAGAGUUAUGGAGUCAAGCACAAGGUCGCUACACCUUACACCCUCAAACCAGUGGGCAAGUUGAAGCUUACAAAACCCCCAUUGGAAGGUCUCCUUUCAACUUUGCUGUAUGGAAAGGAUUGCCACUUACCUGUGGAGGUCGAAUACAAGGCUUUAUGGGCAGUAAAGAUGCUGAACUUUGAUAUAAAGGCAGCACAAGAGAAGAGGAUGAGAACCAAGGCAGCCCACGACAAACUGAUUCGCCUUAAGGACUUCAAGGUUGGGGACAGUGUGCUCUUGUAUAACUCCAAGCUAAGGUUGUUUCCCGGGAAGCUAAGGUCAAAGUGGGCGGGACCAUUCAAGAUUCACGAAGUUUACCCUAUGGAUCCCUCACUCUGCUCAAUCAAGAGGGGAAGGAAUUCACAGUGA